GCCUUUAUAGUCAUGUUAAUAGAACCUACAAAUUGAUGAUGAUAAGUAGAAGUAUAAGGUAUUUAUUUCGCUAAUUUGUUUGUCCAGAAUUUUCGAUCGCAUCUGCUAAAUAUUGAAUAUCUCCCCUCCAGUGAGGAAUAGCCUUUAUAUGAUAAGUUUAGAUAUUAUACAAGAUGACGCAUUAAUGUGUAUGUUUGUUUUGAAUCGCUUAAUUAUCUCAAUUCACGUUUAAAUGUUCGGAAUAGGCAGUCAACAGUGUUAUUUUAUUUAGUCCAAAAAUAACCAGUGUUUGCGUUCCAUCCUGUUUUAUAUAUAUUUGUUUGGAAACAACAACAUCCAAAAUGCGGGAUCAGCCAAAUAUAGCCGUGAUCGGUGCAGGAGUGAUCGGCACGACAGUGGCCAAACUCUUUCAAGACCAACUCAGAAAUGCAAACAUCACAGUCAUAGCUGAAAAAUACUCAGCAGACACUACCAGUGACAUAGCCGCUGGUAUCUUCAGACCCGGGACAAGUUUUAAAGGACCCACAAAGGAAAUUACCAAAAAAUGGCUGAACGACUCAUGGCAGUUUUGGCAAGACAUUCUCAAGACCCCAGACGCUGAACAAAUGGGUGUUAUGCCCUUAGGGUCUUACAUAUUUUCAAAGGAAAACUAUCAUGUCACUAGAAAUCAUCUCAUGGAAGAUUUAGUACCAAUUUACCGUCCUGCUACGAAAGAGGAACUCAGAAUGGGGCCUGAAGGAACCAAAUUCGGAUCCUACUUUUCAACAUUGAAAGUCGAAUGCGAGCGCUAUUUGCCAUGGAUGGGAAAAAUAAUAGUCGAGAGAGGCGGUAAAAUGAUAAGCGAUAAAGUGGAAAGUUUUGCGUCACUCUCGAAUUACGACCUUGUGUUUAAUUGUGCGGGUUUAGGUGCGAGACAUUUAUGUAAUGAUCACGAUCUGGUACCCAUCAGAGGUCAAGUGAUAAAGGUCAAAGCGCCCUGGGUCAAAUACGCACUUUAUGGAGAUUAUGAUACGUAUAUUAUACCGGGUCUGAAUGGGGUGGUAACAUUGGGCGGUGUAAGAGGUUACGACAGUUAUAAUUUGAAUUAUUGCAAGUACGACGCAGCGGCCAUAUUGGAGCGUUGUUGCGAGUUUCUUCCGAAUUUGAAAAAUGCGGAGGUCAUUGCGCAUAAAGUAGGUCUGAGACCUCACAGACUGCCAGUUCGUGUGGAGCCCGAGCUGAUAGAUGGUUUGAAAGUGGUGCAUUGUUACGGGCACGGCGGGUAUGGAGUGAUGACUGCGCCGGGCACCGCUAUCAAUGCAGUAGAACUGGGUGUUAAUUUCUUGCGUAGUAAUGUUAAGAACAAACUUUAAACUUUAUUAGUAGCGCAGUUAAUAACCUUUUACGUAGCUAAUAAGUACAAACGUUAACUUAGAGAUAGAAGCCAUUGAACAAAGUUAUGAAUUUUCGAUCGAGUAUUCGAGAGAGCGAGGUCGUUGGUAAAUGCAUGUUGUACAAUAAACUUAUCAUUAUCAAACAUAGAUCAGAACUUGAUACAGCUGAAUGUUAUUUUUUUAAUUACGUAAAUAUUACAAUUAUUGUUAAAUAAUAAACAGUUUAUAAACGUUUUUGUUAUAAGCUUUUAUUUAUACCUAUGAAUGUUAACUUUCUUGCCCUUCUAGAAGUCAAACUCGAAUUCUAGUUCAAGGGUCGGGUUCGAACCCCGAUUUUCUGGUUAUAAAAACAUAACUAAUAGCUACCCAACAUGAAUUACGAAAAGUUGGUGCAAGUUUAGCUUUUUUGAUACUUUGAAUGAUAUAAUGACUUCAUGGCAGUGUUUGACUGCUGUGCAACAUGCCGCAGGGGUUCGAUUCCCGGACGAAAAAAAAUGUUCUUUUUCUGGGUCAUGAUAAAUAUUUUGAAUUUAAUAAAAA